AUGGCUUUAACGAGUCACUUGCGAGGGCUGAAGAAGAGCAAGGAGGCGGCGCAACAGCGCAUGAACGGGCUGGAGCGACAGAUGCAGUCCACACACAGCCAGAGCAAGGUGGGACCUCUCUCCGCUUCCCCACCCAUGCUGCACUGCACGCAUGGCUCACACAUUGCCGAGGUAGAGCAUGCGAUGGCAGCAGCGCGGCAUAGGCACCUGGCAGCAGCAACGCGCACCACUCACGCGUCCCACCUGCUGGCAGCAGCACAGGCCAGCUGGCAGCAGCAGCAGCUGGCGCUGGUGAAGGCCCAGGUGCGGGUGAAGGAGGCGAGGCGGCAGCGCUCACAGGCAGAGGGAGCAUGGAAGCGCGCAGCUAAAGCUGCUGCUGGUCGCAGGGCGAAGCUGGAGGGGGAGAGGGCGCGGCUGGAGGAGAGCUUGGCGCGCGGUGAGGAGAUGCUGGUGCUGCUGCAGGGGCAGGCGAAAGAGGAGGAGAGGCACCUGAGGGCGAAGCUCGAGGAGUGUGGGUUUGGUGAUGGGGACGGGGAUGGGGAUGGGGGAAGUGUGGCGGGUGCAGUGGCAGCAGUGGUGCAGUGGCAAAAGGAUGUGGUAGCACUGAGAGAAGAGCAGCAGCACAUGCAGGCAAGGAUCAAGGCUCUGGAGGAGCAAGGGGCAGAAGCAACCAAGGGCAUACAGGAGAGCGAGGAGAAGCUGCACGGGCUGCAACAGCGCGUGCAGCAGGCGGAGAGCAGGAGGAGGGAGCGGCAGCAGGUGGUGCAGGCAGCGCAGGAGCGACUGAGGGGGCUGCUGGAGCAGGCAGAGCAGGUGGGGGAGCGGGAGCUGCCAGCCCUGCACGGCACCCUUGCUGCGCUCCAGGCACGGAUGCAGCGACUGCAGGAGCAGCAGCAGGAGGAGGCAGGGGGAGGGAGUGGUGGGAUGGGCGGCAGACGAGGUGGUGAGGGGAGGCUGAAGGGGGGCCGGUACGAGGCGUAUGACAGGGCAGCCGUGGAGCUCAUGAGGACACUGCCCGAGGGCAGGCUGAGGGGGCGGCUGUGUGAGCUGGCUCGAGUGGAGGGGCACGCCGCUGCUGCUGUGAACAGCGUGCUCUCUCUCUCCUGCAACCUCGCUGCCAUGUUUGUGACGGAGGAUCGGCGGACAGCAGCAGCAGUGGUGGGGUACUUUGAGCAGCACCGCAUAGGCCUCGUGUCCUGUGAGAUCCUCGACGAGCAGUCAGGCCAAGCACCCCCCACUCCACACCACCACCACCACCAGCAGCCAGUGGGAGACCUCUCCCCACCCCACCUUGCAUCCCUCCUGCCCUGCGUCCCCCCUCCCCACCUCGCCGCCCCCUUGCCCUGUGGGGCGCAGCCACUGCUGUGGACGCUGCGCUGUGCACCAGGGUGCCAUGCAGUGCUGGCACGCCUGUGUGCGUCAUGGCUGCUGGUGGUGGGGCGAGACGAUGCUGUGAGGCUGCUGCCACUGCUCCGCCACAACCCCGCUUGGAGGCGAUGCAGCGUUGUCACUGCUGGGGGUGAUGUCUUCCGACAGCCGACCCUAUCCUCUCUCCUUCUCUCCAACGUACACCCUUUCAACUCUUUCUCCUGCCCAACCUAUCCGCGCCUUCUCCCCUGCCCACCCCGUCGUCUCUCUCCCUCCCGCCGUCCCUUGCCUCUCGCUGCACAGGACGGCGAGGUGAUCCGUGCAUGCCUCUCCCCUGCAAUGACGCGCUACCACCUGGCGCCACUGGACGGCGCUGCUGCUGCUGCCACAGGGGGGAGGGCGGGGGAAGAGGCAGGCGAGCAGGCGGAGAGGAAGCAGAAGCGCGAGGAGGCGUUGCGGCGAGCAGUGAGGGCGGUUGAGGAGGAGAUGGGACUCGUGAAGUCCGCUAUAGCGGAGAAGGAGGCUAGGGGCAAGCAGCUGUGGGUGGAGCGGGAGGAGUGUGAGAGAGAGGUGGAACGGUUGAUGGCAGAGGGGAGGAGAGAGGAGGGCGGGGAGGACGAGGGAGGGGAGGUACAGACGAAAGGUGGGAGGGGCAGAGGCAAGAGGAAGGAGGAAAAGGAGAAGUUGACAGGGGGUGGUUUAGAGACGUUGGGUGGUUUGCAGAGGGAGGUGGAGAGGUGUGAGGCGGAGAGGGAGGCGAUGAGGCGGCAGGUGAGGGUAGUGGUGGGGCAGGUGCAGGUGCAGAGGGGCAGGCUUCUGGACGUGCAGACGAGGCUGCAGGCUGUGGUGGCGGAGGUUGAGGGGAGGCAAGGUGGACAAGGAGGGAAACAGGGGAAGCAAGAGGGGAGGUGCAGCAGGAGAGUGGCUGAGUGGAUUGGCGAUGGGGAGAUAGCUGGGCGAGCAGAGAAGGUGGUGCGGGCGAGGCAAGCUGUGAAGGACGUGGAGGAGAAGGCACGGGAGGAGAGGGUGGAGCUGGCGUGUGUGCAGCAGUCGCUGUGUGCUGUGCUGCGCGCUGAGGCCGAGGGCCAUGCAGACGCUGGCAGGGGUGCUGGUGGGUGCAAGGGGGUGGCAAGGCAGGGUGGUCGACAUGGGAAGGGCAAGGGGGGAAAGGGGGGAGGAGGGAAGGGGGAUGCGGCAAGGGAAGAUGGUGAGGAAGGGGAAGAGGAGGAGAUGCGGGAGAUGGAGUCACAAGUGAAGAGGCUGGAGGAGGCGAGGGAUGGCAGGCAGCUGGAGGUGCAGAGUGCGAGGCGGGAGUGUGAGGAGGCAGCGGAGGAGGAGAAGGCGCUAAAGGCCAAGCGUGGGAAGCUCAUGGCCUCGCUGGUGAAGCUGCAAGGAAGUGCAGUGGAGGCGAGGCAGCUUCUGGCGGACCUAGAGGCAAGGCUGGAGCGAGCUGCAGCGCUGCUCACAGAGUGUGGUGGGAACGAGCAGAAGGGCACGGGUGGUGGUUCCAGGGGAGAGAAGCAGGGGAGCCGUGGAUGUAGCAGGAGCAGGCGAAAGGUGCAUGGAGGGAGGAAGGGAAAAGGAGGGAAGGGGACUUGGAAGAGCGGGAAAAAGGGAGGAAGCAAGGGGAAGGCAGAGGAUGCAGGGGAAGCGGUGAAGGGACAGGGGCCAGUGCUGAGAAGGUCAAGCAGGCUUCUGGCGGCAGGAGACGGGGCGAGCAGCAAGGGCCGAGGGGACUUGGAGAAACGAGAGGAGGGUUUAGUGAAUCGCCAGGGCAAAGGAGAGGGGAAACGCGGAAAGAGUGGCGCGAGCAAGGGAGGAGGUGAGGAGGAUGAGAAGCAAGGAGAGGUGGCAGGGAAAGCAUACAGGAGACGUAGGGAUGCAUCGAAGGGUGGGCGUCAACAGGUGGGGGCGGAGCAUGGGGUGGGGGAUGCGGAGGCAGUGAGCGGUGGUGAGAAAGAUGUAAAGGGCAGGAAGGGUGCUGCAGCAAUGGACGUUGAUGCGAGUGAUGCGAUGGGUGAGGGGAAGGGUGCGAAGCGAGAGAGCAGAAGGACAAAGGUGAUCCGGAAAGUGAAGAUCAAAGAAGGCCGCAAGGGAGAGACGGUUGCAGUGGGUGAGGGAGAAAGUACGGAAGAGGGAGAGGAAGAGGUGGAGGAGGAAGAGGAGGAGCAGAUUGAGGAGGGGGAGGAGGAGGAGGGGGAGGGGGAGGAGGAGGAGGAGGAGGAGGAGGAGGAGGAGGAGGAGGAGGAGGAGGAGGAGGAGGAGGAGGAGGAGGAGGAGGAGGAGGAGGAGGAGGAGGAGGAGGAGGAGGAAGAGGAGGAGGAAGAGGAGGUAGAGGAGGAGGAAUAUGGUGGUAUGGAGGGCGAGGAGGAGGAGGAGGAGUGUGGAGGUGUUUCCCUGGAGGAAGUGGUGGAGGAGGAGAAGGAGCUUAUGAAGAGAAGAAGUGCCAUAGACGCGGCAGCACUGCAGGAGGACGUGGGGUGCCAGAGGCGCCUGGUGGCAGUGGGGGAGGAGGUGCAGCGGGUGGAGGAGCGGGCGCGCAUGCAUGCAGUGCGGCACGAGGAGCUGGAGAUGCAGCGCUUCACUCAGCUCAGAGGGGCCCUGCUCAAGGUGAAUGAGAACCUAUCGGCCAUCUACUGUCAGCUGACGCGCCAUGGAGAUGCAUACCUGUCGUUCGUGGAUGAGAAGAGCCUGCUCUUCUCGGAUGGCGUGCACUUCCACGUUCGGCCUGACCGCCAGUGCUGGCGGCCGUUUGCGUCUCUGUCAGGCGGGCAGCAGGCGCUGGCAUGCCUGGCGCUGUCGUUCAGCCUGCAGGCGUCCUUCCCCUCGCCCUUGUUCUUCUUUGAUGAGAUCGAUGCAUCGCUGGACACCAAGCACGCCCUGCAAGUGGCGCGCUUCAUUCAGACGCAGCGGUCAGCACAGUACAUUGUGGUGUCUCACCGCCCACAAGUGUUCGCCAUUCCUCCGUGCCCGUCCUCCCCCUCACCGCAGCAUCGCCAUCCCUUCGAGACCGCGGCGAACACGUCGCGCGGAGCCGUCGCGGCAGCAGCAGCGCUGCGGCUGCCUCUCGAUCCGCCCGUGCAUAGCGGCGACCAGAGUGCGCCGGCGCCCCCGUGCGAAGACAAUCCCGCCGCUCCAGCUUUCGCAACUGCCCCCGACGCCGAUGGCGGUGACACUGCGGCGCGCACGGCGAGAAUUGGAAGUCGCGGGGAUGAGGGGAAAACGCGCGGGGCAGAGGAGGGCACGCGGGAGCGCUGCGAAGGCAACGAGGGGGACGCGCUUGGAUGCGCGCGGAACGCGCUAGAUGGGGAACGCGCGGCCCUUGAGCCGCAGGAGGCGAGAGGGGAAGGCCGACGGUGGAGUUUGGACGACUUCGAGGUGAUUCGACCAUUGGGACGCGGAAAAUUUGGAACCGUGUUCAUGGCUCGCGAACGAGAGAGCGGGCGCGCGGUGGCGUUGAAGGCGGUGAGCAAGCGCGAGGUGCGCGAGGAGGGGCUGCAGGAGCAGCUGCGGCGCGAGAUCGAGAUCCACGCGCACCUGCGGCACCCGGGCGUGCUGCGCCUCUACGGCUACUUCUACGACCAGACGUUCGUGUACCUGGUGCUGGAGCUGGCUGCGGGCGGGGAGCUGUACCGGCAGCUGCGCGCGCGGACGAGGCUGCAGGAAGGGCAGGCCGCCAAGUGUCACCUCCCUGUGCCAGAUGCACUGCCUCUCCUGCGCGGCACCACCAACAAGCGCUGCCAGGAUCGCGUGCUCGUGCGCUGCGUCCCAUACCACGGGCUGCACCCGCGCCCGUGCUGCUCCUUCAACGCUCGUCGCGCCUCCUCCCUCCCUGUCUUCCUCUCGCCGUCCCUCCCCCAUGCUCCCUGGCAGCACGUGGCGGGGGUGGCGCGCGCGCUGCUGUACGUGCAUGAGCGCGGGGUGGUGCAUCGUGACAUCAAGCCCGAGAAUGUGCUGCUCUCCGAUAAGGGCGAGGUGAAGCUGGCGGACUUUGGGUGGUCCACGCGGGCCAGCGACAGCACCACGUGCACCACCGUGUGCGGCACUCUCGACUACCUUCCCCCUGAAAUGGUCUCUCUCUUUCUCCCUCUCCCCCAUCACCCUCUGAAUUCGUCAACUCGCACCUCAACCCAAGCGCGUCUCUCCUCGCUCCCCCCUCGCUCCCCUGUGUGGCGAGCAGUGGAGGGGGAGCAGCACGGGAGGGAGGUGGACGUGUGGGCGCUGGGCGUGCUGCUGUACGAGCUGCUCGUCGGCUGCCCGCCCUUUGAGGCCCCCACACAGACCGACACCUACAGGCGCAUAGUGGAGGUAGAUGUGCGUUUCCCCCUGCACGUGCGAGUGUCCCAGCCUGCCAAGGACCUCAUUCGCCGCCUGCUCGUGCGCCAGCCCUCACAGCGCCUGCCCCUCGCCAGCCUGCUGCACCACCCCUGGGUGCUGCGCCACACCCAGGGGCAGGCGCAGGGGCUGGGUGGCAGGAGGGUGCCAGGGGGACAUGGCGCGGAGAGGCUGGGAGCAAGGGGAGGGAGGGGCAGCAGCAGGAGGAAUGUGCUGUGA